UUGAGCUCGGCGUCUGCACGUGUCGCGCUACAUGGUGUUUACACUAUUUGCCAAGCUGUGUUUAUAGAUUAGGUCGCUAAUGCUAACAUAAGACAAGUUCUAUUAUUGUUCCAGUCUGAGUUUUAUUUUUUACAGUCAUGCCCAAAGUAAAGAAAUCCAAAGGAGGAGGAGAAAAGAGCGGCGGAGGAGCGGCAGUGGCGCUGGCAGACCAGAUCCUGCAAGCGGACACGAUCCGAGCCCGAGGCCGGGUGAAGGGGCGAGACGUCCGGACAGAAAAUGAGGAUGAGUACGUGGACGAGCGCCUGUCCAGGAAGAUCUUACAGCAGGCCCGGAUCCAACAGGAGGAGCUUCAGACUGAAUAUGGACUGGCCCCGGAGAAGAAGAAGAAGGAGCCGCUCACUGUUCUGGGCCCCGCCUCUCAGGAUGCAGACUCAGAUGAGGAGUGGCCAGCGCUGGGAGAAGCAGGUGCCAGUGGUGCCGAUGCAGAGUGUGAUGCUGAAGUUGUUGUGGACCCCGAUGAUGAGAAAGCAAUUGAGAUGUUCAUGAAUAAGAACCCUCCAGUCAGGAGGACCUUGGCGGACAUCAUCAUGGAGAAGAUCACAGAGAAACAGACUGAGGUGGGGACAGUGAUGUCUGAGGUGUCAGGGCACCCGAUGCCCCAGCUGGACCCAAGAAUAAUAGAGGUGUACAAAGGUGUAAGUAAGGUUUUGUCAAAGUACCGCAGCGGCAAACUGCCAAAAGCUUUUAAAAUCAUCCCUGCGCUCUCAAACUGGGAGCAGGUUCUGUAUUUGACUGAACCCGAGACCUGGACAGCAGCUGCCAUGUACCAAGCUACAAGAAUCUUUUCCUCUAAUCUAAAAGAACGAAUGGCCCAGAGAUUUUACAACUUAGUGCUGCUGCCUAGAGUUCGAGACGACAUUGCAGAGUAUAAGCGACUCAACUUUCACCUGUACAGCGCCUUAAAGAAGGCCCUAUUCAAACCAGGAGCAUGGUUUAAAGGUAUACUGAUUCCAUUAUGUGAAUCUGGGACCUGUACCCUGAGGGAAGCCAUCAUUAUUGGAAGCAUACUAACCAAAUGCUCCAUCCCUGUGCUGCACUCCAGCGCGGCAAUGCUUAAGUUGGCAGAGAUGGAGUACAACGGUGCCAACAGCAUUUUCCUACGUCUCUUGCUGGACAAGAAGUACGCCCUGCCUUUCCGUGUCCUGGAUGCCUUGGUGGCUCACUUCCUGUCCUUCCGUAGUGACAAACGUGUUCUUCCUGUGCUGUGGCAUCAGAGCCUCCUCACCCUGGCCCAGCGUUACAAGGCUGACCUGGCCACUGAGCAGAAGGAAGCACUGCUGGAGCUGCUGAAGAUCCAGACACACCCGUACAUUUCAGCAGAGGUUCGCAGAGAGUUGCAGAACUCAGAGUCAAGAGAUGUUGAAGUUGGACUCCCUGCUGUAGUUGAGAUGGACUGAAUCAGUCUGCAUCACUGCUUUCUCAUUUUCUCUUUGGCUACUGUCAUGUCAGAAAGACCUUUGUGGAAUCCGGGAGUUGUAAUUGUGAUCUGGCUCCAUCUUGCUGACACACAGACUUGCUCAUUAGUGGUGAUGUAAGAGUUUAUUUCAUAACAUGAGUGAGCUUUGGAAUAAAGAGACUAUUUUUUGUGUGAA